GGGAGCUGGCGUUAGCUCUUUGUUCUCGAGAAUCUCGGAGUCUCCCGCUCCGUUCUCAGGUGUAAGUUAAGUAAGUAAGCGCCUCUUUCUCUUUUAUUCCCUUUUAUUUUCUAUGCGUUUUCUCCGGAAACCCUAAAACUCUGCUACAAGAACCGUUGAAAUCGAAGGACUUUUCUUAAGCUCUAUCUGGGUACAAAUUCAGCUACUUGGCUGGCUAUUGUGAGAAAGAGUGGUGUGGGGAUAAAUUAAUAACCUUUAUGGAGGAAGAGGUUGUGAUGGCUGAGAAUGGUAGUUUGGAGUUUCAUGAUGACAGUUUAUCAUCAUCACUAGUUGAGAUUGACGGUCUUCUUAAAGAGAAUGAGAAUCCGGAUGUUGAUUUUCUUGAGGAUCUUGAUUCUUACUGGGAGGAUAUUAAUGAUCGUUUGACUAUCUCACGAGCCGUCAGCGACUCCAUUAUUAGGGGAAUGGUUACCGCUAUUGAGUCUGAGGCUGCUGAGAAGUUAGCUCUGAAAGACCUCGAGUUGUCUAGAAUUAAGGAGAGAUUGCUUCUGUACCAUGUGGGUUCUGAAGAUAAUGAGUCCCCUUUGAUGCAUGAUAAAGCGUGUUUGGACAAUUCUGAUGAGCUUGCUCAGGGAUCUUUGAGCAGUCUUAAAACUGAAGCCAGAAAACAGUUGAUGAUGCUCGUUCAAGAACUCACCAAUUUGAGAGAGUUUAUUCACAUCAAUGGAUCAGGCGCCACCGUGGAUAAGAAAUUGGGUUUAGACAGUAGUACGCAUGACACCAGGUCCAAAACUGUUGAUAAAAUGCUUGAUUCCUUGAAGAGCAUUCUAGAGACUGUGGUGAAGCGGAGGAAUGAUAUGGAACUCCCUUCCUCAUGGCAGCAGGAGCAUGAUUGUAGAAAAGAAAUUGAAACUGCAGUGGUGACUAGUUUCGUUCGGAGUCUCAAGGAUGAGUAUGAACAGAAACUGUUGGACCAAAAAGCUGAAUUUGGUGGUAACAGAAGUGUUAUACUUGGAAAUAUCAAAGAGAUUACGGGUUUGCGUCAGGAACUAGAGGCGAUUCGUAAAACAUUUUUGGAUCAUGAAAAUGGGGACAUCGAUGCAGGGGAGGAAGGGGACCGGAAAAGAGUGGAGCAAUUGCACCGCAAGAUGUCGGGAAGCCUUAAUUCAGUUUCUUCAGUUUGGGAAAAUGGUAAACAUGAAGAGAGUUCUGUUGGCUUAAUACCCGAGCAUAGUGAGACUUUAAAACAUAUGUCACAUGAUGAGUUGAUCAGUCACUUUAAGACCGAGAUGAAUAAAAUGAAGAGAGACCAUGAUUAUAAAAUACAAGAUAUGACAGAGCAAUGUUUUACCUUUAAGCGCAAGUAUUUGAAUUUAAAGGAAAGGGGUCCUUUUUCUUUUGUUGGGAAGGAUAAGGAGCUAGAGGCGCUGAAAAAGAAGAUCCCAUUUGUCAUCUCUAAAUUGGAUAAGAUUUUGAUGGAAGAUGAAAAGCUGGUGUCUGAAGGCAAGAAUGAUGCUGAUUUUAAGUGCCGACUUGAUUCUCUUCUUCUGGAAAAUCGUCAACUGAAAGAUUCACUUUCAGACGCUGCUGAAAAGAUGUCACAGCUUUCCCAGGUUGAGGCUGAUCAUCAAGAGUUGAUACAAAAGCUCGAAUCAGAUGUUGUGGAUUCUCGUGUUGAAACUUUUAUCUGCGAAGAUGUUUAUGGGUGUUAUGUGACAGAGUUAUUGAGCCAGAUUAAAUAUGCAAAACAGGAGACUGAUUUAGAGCAUAGUAUGUUGAGAAAAGCAUAUGAGUUGAUACUUGAAGAUCUUGCGAGUAAAGAAGCCCGUGAAAGCAACGACGAAUUUGAAGACUCUUGUGUCGAGUCCGUCAUGAUGGAAGAGUGUUGUUCAGUCAUAUACAAAGAAGCCUUGAAGGAAGCUCAUAAGAAAAUCGUAGAGUUGAACAUGUAUGUAACAGAAAAAGAAGCAACUCUGAGAUCGGAGAUGGCUGGCAAAGAAAAACUGAUAGAGGAGAUUCAUAGGCUGGAGUGUCUUGUCAAGGAGAAGGAUAAUUUUGUCCAAACAGCUGAGAAUAACUUGGCUACAGAGAUAAAUAAAUUUGAGUUAGUUUCUCAACAGAUUAACUCUCUGCAAUCUCAGAUAGAACAGCAGCAAACAGAAAUUCAGGAUAAAAACAAAGCACUGAGAGUUGUCGAGUUAGAGAAAGUAGAAGUUUAUGAGACGAAGAUAUCCAAUUUGAGAGAAGAGUUAGAAUUAGCAAGAGAGAGUUUGAAGGAAAUCAAAUAUGAGAAAAGCAAAACCGAGGAGAAGUUAUCAGCUACAAAAGCUGAGAAAGAGACACUAGAGAAGCAACUUUUGUCUUUGGACUUGGUAGUUCCUCGCAAAUUGAUAAAAGGGUUCGACAUUUUAGAGGGUUUGAUUGCUGAAAAGACGCAAAAAACUAAUUUUAGGUUAAAAAAUAUGCAGAGUCAACUGAGUGAUCUGUCACAUCAAAUCAAUGAAGUCCAGGGGAAAGCAUCGUCGUACAAGCAGCGGCUGGAGAAGAAGUGUUGUGACCUCCAGAAGGCUGAGGCUGAGGUUGAUCUUCUAGGAGAUGAGGUUGAAACUCUUUUGGAUCUUCUUGAGAAAAUAUAUAUCGCUCUUGAUCAUUACUCUCCAAUUCUAAAGCAUUACCCUGGCAUCAUUGAGAUCUUGAAGCUCGUCCGAAGAGAACUUAGCGGAGAAUCAAAGAGACCAUUGAAUUGAGAAGUUGGAUCUCUUCCACACUAGUUUAUUUCUGUUCCUUUUGUACAGAUCUCUCAGGCGUAUUUGAUGUUGUUGAUGUUUAGUUUUGUUCACUAGCUAGGGUUUGAUAAUGUAGUAAUGUACUGUCAUCACUUGAACAAAUGUGAUGUUAGAUCAAUGGAUCUUUUUUAAUCUUAGAAUACAGUAGGAUUACAUACGUGAGAAAUAACAUCUUAUGAUCGAAACAUAUUGAACUUACAAGAAAUGAAAUCUGAGUAAUUAAACU